CCUCUCCUAUGCUUUCUCAACUCUCACUUCAUUCACCAAAACACCACACACCCAUUAAUCAUGCAAGAGGAUCACAAUAAGAAGAUGAAAGUGAAGAAGGGUUGGCUUGCGGUUCAAGUUGGAUUAGAAGAUGAAAGUAGUGAAGAAGGUUCAACACCUCAAAGAUUUGUCAUACCUAUUUCAUACCUUUACCAUCCACUAUUUAAGAGACUUCUAGACAAAGCUUAUGAGGUUUAUGGCUAUCAUACCGAUGGUCCACUCAAGCUACCGUGUUCCAUCGACGACUUCCUUCAUCUACGGUGGCGAAUCGAGAAAGAAUCUAAUCAUCAUGGUGCUGCUAGUCACCAUAACCAUCAUAGCCACCAUAAUCAUCGCCUUCCUCAUGCUUUGUAUAAUUUUCACUCUUGUUAAUUCUAAACAUGCUCUAAUUUUACAUGUGGGUCUAGCUUCUUUUUUGUUUGUUACUUUCUUUUAGGUGCUUAAUUAUUACCAUAUAUUAGGGAUAUAAUAUAUGGUACUUACUAGGAAAUUGAGGCCACUCUGUAUUUUAUUGUGCAGAGGGAUACCUGAUGAGAAAUUAAUAAUACUAUAUAUGCCAGAAACUUUGUGUC